AUGGCGUCUAAUACCAAACCCGGCGAGAACAUGCUAUGGGGAGGCCGCUUCACUGGUGGCCUUGACCCCCUCAUGGUGGCUUACAACGAGAGUAUCCACUUUGAUAAGAAGCUCUACAAGCAAGACAUCUUGGGUAGCAUCGCCUUUGCCCGGGCUAACAAGAAGGGUGGUAUCAUAACAGAAGAUGAAUUCAACAAGAUUGAGGAGGGCCUCCAGGCUGUUAUGAAAGAGUGGGAUAAUGACUCGUUUGUCAUUGUACCUGGCGUAGAUGAGGACAUACACACUGCCAACGAGCGCCGCCUAGGCGAGAUCAUAGGUAAAGGUGUAGCCGGCAAGCUCCACACUGGGCGUAGCCGCAACGAGCAGGUCGCAUGUGACAUGCGUAUGUGGCUUCGGGACGAGCUGCGCAAGAUCGAGGGCCACAUCGUGACCUUCCUUCAAGUCGCUGCCGACCGCGCCGAACGUGAGGUUGACCACGUCAUGCCUGGCUACACACACCUGCAACGCGCCCAACCCAUCCGUUGGAGCCACUGGGUGAUGUCGUACAGCUUGGCCUUCGCCAGCGACCUAGAGAGACUACGUGAGGUCGUCAAGCGCGUCAACAAGAGCCCUCUAGGGUGUGGUGCCCUUGCUGGUAACCCGUUCAACAUCGACCGUGAUAUGAUGGCCGCGGAACUGGGAUUCGAGGGUCUGCUGUGGAACUCAAUGGGCGGAGUAGCGGAUAGGGACUUCGUGGCAGAGACCCUGCAGUGGGCGUCAAUGCUCAUGCAGCACGUGUCACGAUGGGCUGAGGACUUGAUUCUUUACUCAACCGCCGAAUUUGGCUUCGUGCGGCUAGCCGACGCGUACUCGACCGGCAGCUCGCUGAUGCCGCAGAAGAAGAACCCGGACAGCUUGGAGCUACUGCGGGGUAAGAGUGGCCGUGUGUUCGGUCAGAUGGCAGGGUUUAUGAUGACCCUUAAGGGUCUGCCUAGCACGUACAACAAGGACCUGCAGGAGAGCUGGGAGGCCAUGCUAGAUACAGUCAAGACGGUUAGCGACAGCGUACAGAUCGCGACGGGCGUACUAGCCACACUCGCCAUCAAACCAGAGAAGAUGCGAGCCGCUCUCGACCCCUUUAUGCUCGCCACCGACAUUGCCGACUACCUCGUCCGCAAGGGCGUACCAUUCCGCGAGACACACCACAUCUCCGGUCGUGUGGUCGCCCUAUCUGAGCAAACCGAUACUCCCAUGAACGAGCUCACAUACGAUCAGCUCAAAUCGGUUGAUGCACGUUUCGAGAAGGAUAUCGCCGAGUCUUUUGACUACGAGCGCAGCGUCGAGAUGCGAUCUGCCAAGGGCGGUACUAGCAAGGAAUGCGUUCUAGAACAGAUCAAGGUCUUGAGACAAGUUCUUAAUGCCUAA